GGAGGGGGUGGAGCUACCGUGGGUGAAGCGGAGCGCCGUGUCGGCAGACGUUAGUCAUGUCGCCGGUGUAGUCGCCAUGUUGAUCACCCUGUGCUAUGUUUACCUGUGGAUUCGCCUGCAGAAAUGCUAUGCAAUGAUCAUCUUUCGGGCUGUACGGCGCUUCCACCGCAUGUCCAGCCUUACCUUCACCGCGCUGACCCCGGACAGCGAGAGCCGGCCUCACAGCCCCUCUGCAGUUGUCCUGGAAAACAUCUGUGUCCGUCUGGCUGAUCGGGCUUUCCUCCUGGCUGAGCCCCAAAAGCUUUGUGAUGACUUGAGUAAAUGGUCACUGCGCCCUGAACCUGUGAUAGCUCGCACCGAACACAAACAGCGGGCACAACAAAUAACUUUUCUGAUAGAAGCUAUCUUGGGGAGUGCUAGUUUUGAUUCAGUCUCUGUUUCUUCUGAAAAAAUCUUAAGAUAUUCUGACUUCUGCGUACCAUUGGCAUAUUUACUUGGCAACCCAUACAAACUAAUUGCUGAAGCAAAUGUAGAUGAUUUUAGCAGACUUGGAGUUGCCUUCAUGGAGAACAGACUACAGAUGGAUGAUGGAAUGGUACCUCAAAAAAUAGUUUCUCUCCAGCUCAAUGAACCUGUUCAAAUGAAAUUGCUCGAAUCAAGUGCUAUGUUUCAAAAACAGUGGAAAGAGAUUGGUCAUCUCCAGGAUCUUGAUAUUGCAAUGGAACCAUGUCAUAAACAUCCUUUAAUCAAACCAGCAACUGAACAAAAUAUGGUUUUGUGUGGUGAUCGCUGUUGUACAGUUGGUUCUGCUUGUCAACCAGAAAUGGACGAACUUAAGGCAGUUCACAGUAAAGAGUUUCAUAUCGCCCAAGAGGCAAAGGAACUCGAGGAACAUGAAGGCUAUUGCCUUCACCUUGCCAGUUGCUCUGAGUGUUUGGAGUUGGAAAACAGCACCAUUGAGUCAGUCAAAUAUGCCUCGGCAGAAAACCUACUGGACCUCCCUGAUGAUUAUUGUGGAAGCUCUGAUGAAACAGUGGUUGGGGAGGACAGUUUUAUGGCAAAUGCAGGACAAGGUAACAAAAAUGGGAAACCUCCCAAUGUAUUGAUCUAUGUUGGAUCUGAUUACAGUCAAUAUCUGGUAAAAUUUCAGCAAAUAAAAUCCGUCCUGUUGGAUUGCCUUGACAAUGAAAGCUAUGUGAUCUAUCCCCUUCUAGAGGAACAGGUUCUAAAAGUUCCUUGGGUUGAUAAUUCUUUAUUGUUGGUUGUGGCGUGUGAUGAUCCAGUGCCUGAACAGAUUCAUGCAAAGUUCAUGACUUACCUAUCCAAAGGUGGGAAGAUUUUGGGACUCUGUACAUCAUUUUCAUUUGGUGAAAUCAAAGUAGCAGUCAAAAAAGAACUGAAAGGAAAGAUUCACAGGUGGUUCUUCACUAAAUCUAACAGCAAGGACAUAAGCCUCCAUGCAUUUACCAGCGGCAAAGCAUUCUUAAGAGAAACCAGUAGUACAGACGAAGCCACUGAAGAUCUUGAGCUGUGGGGGAAUUUGGCUAAUCCUGAGAAGGACAUCGUAAUUGUACGUUUACCAUAUGGAGAAAAUGGAGGAGAGGCUGUGCUCUGUCAGGUUCACCUUGAAAUUCCUCCUGAUUCAAAAGAGACCCAACUGCAGCAGGAUUUUAGAACACUUAAACUGAGCAACGCACUGCGAUAUGAAGUACUGACAGAAAUUCUGACAUAUUUGCAACUUAGCUGUGAACUUAGUGAAGUUCCAUCUCUGACACCAGUGUACCUUCUGACCACAGGAGAGGAUAUUCGACGAACUUUCCUAAGAUGGCUUUGGCCUAGACUGGACAUGGAAGGUGUAUUUAAGUCACAGAAAGUAUCUUUAAAAGUUGUAACAAUGCAGCAACCUGGAAUGGAGAUCACACCUAACACCUUGCCUGUCAUCAUAGAAUCGCAAAAGUUCUCAUCAGAAUAUUUUGACCUGAAAAUCUACUGUGAAAAUCUGCAAACUAAGGUGUUAGGUCAACUAGUUUUCUUCAGUGAAGUGAUCAUAACUACAAUGGACCUGUUUGAUGGGUUGAUGCUCUCGUUGCCAAAAGAAAUAGGGUUAAUUGCUGUUGCAGUUCGACAAACACAAGGCAAAGGUCGUGGAGGAAAUAUAUGGCUUAGUCCAAUAGGCUGUGCUAUGUUUACUCUACAUGUUAGGAUUCCAACCCAAUCUAAGCUUGGACAGAACAUUUCUUUUAUACAGCACUUGAUGGCUCUGGCUGCAGUGGAAUCUGUGAGAUCUGUGCCAGGAUAUGAGGAUAUCGAUCUGAGGCUUAAAUGGCCGAAUGAUAUAUACUACAGUAAUCUCAUGAAGCUAGGUGGAGUCCUGGUUAACUCUACUUUGACGGGAGCAACUUUUCAUGUACUUGUUGGCUGUGGAUUCAAUGUAAGUAACAGCAACCCAACUAUUUGCAUCAACGAUAUCAUCCGGCAACACAACAAAGAGAAUGGAACAGAUUUGCAGACACUUCGUAUAGACCUGCUGAUAGCUAGGACGGUCACUAUCUUUGAAAAUCUGAUCAGCAUUUUCCAGGACAAAGGACCAAAUGGAGUUUUACCACUCUACUAUAAACGAUGGUUACACAGUGGCACAAAAGUACGACUGUGGAAAGAAGAUGGUCCCGCAGCAUGGGUUAUUGGUCUGGAUGAUUCUGGCUUUCUUCUGGUUCAGCAGGAGAAUGAUGAAGAUAUUGUUACAGUGCAGCCUGAUGGAAACUCAUUCGACAUGUUGCGUAACUUGAUGAUCACUAAGCAUCAUUAAAAAUGCCUUCAGGUUUUGGGGAAAUUUUGCUUUCCCAGCGUAAGGAAUAAAAAUGAAUACAUUUUGUUUUGCUUUUUCUCUUGUUACUCUUGCCCUACAAACGACUAGCCGACCUUGGUCAUGUUAAGUGAGUGGUCAUUCCAUUGAAUUGACUACUUGAGGUCAGGGAGUGAUACACUUCAGGGAAAGAACCCGUGGAAAUAUGUGUUCUCUCUAGAGACAGGGGAAUAAUGAAAUUCUUGAUUGUUCAUUGAAAAACAAACAGGGGCAGAAUUGUGCCUCAUCUCUGUCAUUUCUUGGAGAGAAACUUCAAUUUUACAUGCCAUGGCCCAUACCCAAAACCAUAUUAACUAUACCGAUCUUUUUGAUUGGUGAUAUUCACUGGUGACUUCUUUAAACAGGCAUUAAGAUGCUUGUUUAAGCUAAUGAAAGACUUAACAACUCAUUUAGAAUACCAUUCUGAGGUUGCUCAAAUCCUAGGCUCUAUAAAUUCCGACUAUCUGGUUCUGCAACAGUAUAACUUCCAAUUCUUAAGAAAACUACCUGAGAUGUUGUAAACAAAGAACUAUGCCCCUCUUGCUCUUCAUAUGAAGCUAGUUUCCUCCCGAUCUCCCCUUAUCUCCCCUUGAUCUACCUGAAAGCAGAAUGUUAUCAGGUAUACUUGGGCCUAAUAGGUAAGCCAUAUUUGAAUACCAAUUGGCAUCAACAGCUUGCUGGUUCUGUGUAAUGAGACCUGACCACAAAUUUUGUGAUGCUUCCCAAGUCAACCUAUUCAGGAAUGCAUCUCACCUUUGUAGUUAGGUGCUGGCAAGUUCUUCCUCAUUGCAACCUCUGUAUUGCAGGAAAUUGAAUACCACAAUUUGAUAAAUAAAUUUCUGCAUAUUUCAUAGGGGAUCAUCUAUUACCUACCCAGACAUUUAGACACUGGCUUUUUGUAGAAAAUGCUAAAAAAGAAAUCGAACUUUUGCCUUCCUAUUUUUAUUUUUCCUUAUUUAUUAUGUAUAACUUACAACCAUACAUAAUUUAAUAGAAUUUAUGAAAAAUAAAUCUUUAUUUUGGGCAUAUUUUAGAAUUUUCUUCCAACCUAGAAACUGUUAUGCAUGUCUGUAAUGAAGCACUGUUCUACUUUUCAACUAAUAAAAGAGAGGCAGCUACUGGGAAAAAAACAUUGGAAUAUGUUAGAAAACAUUAAGAUUCCAUUUUGUAUCAAGGUUCACUUGUUAAUA